AUGGAAAAUACAAACCUACAAGUUUAUAAGAAAAUUAAAAACAAAAGGAACAAAUGUGUGGCUAAACAAACUAAUAUUUCCAUGAGCAAGUCAAAUACAAGUGAAUUAGUUGAAGUUAAAAAGAAACUAGUUAGAGUUGAGUAUCCAGGAAUUGUUAAAAACCUCAGUAAAGCUCUUGAAACAUUAGGAGGAAAUCUGGCAUUAGAAUUGGCUGUUGCAGAUCCGAAAACCAGAUUAGAAUUAAGAUUUCAUCCAAAAAAUAAGUUUAAUAAAUCCACCGUAGGCGAGAGAGACUUUAACCCUGGCCUUUUAAUAAAAAUAAACCAAAAUACCUUGGAAUAUGAAGUGGUUGGGAGUACAGUUAUAAAUUUUACAUUUAACAGGAUUUCUGACUUUCAAUAUUUACCUUUAGUGGAAACGCCCUGUGAAUUACAAACAUUUAAAGCAGAAUAUAUUUAUGAUAAUAUAUUUCCAAAAGAAAUUCCUACAUUAAAAUGGUUUACCCAAAGAGAAACAAAAGAGCAAAAAAGGUUUUUUAUGCCCUCUGUGUUUAGUAGAUUUGAAUACUCCAGUCAAAAUAAAUUAUUUUUAAAUGUAGGUGAAAAGUAUGAACAUCACUUACGACCAGAAAUUGCUGAAACAGUUCUCAAUAUGACAAAAAAACAAAGAAAAACGCAGCAGUCAAUAAAGCAGAUAUCUAUUUUUAUUGACUUUCAAAACCUAAACGUCAAUAUUCCUGAAAAGCCUUUAGAUUAUGCUAUGCAGCUAGUCAAAGACAAACAAUUGGAAGAACAAUAUAAAAUUAUUAAAACUUUUUUUGAUAAAAGGCCCAUGUGGACUAAAGUUGCCAUUGUACACAGAAGUGGGGUUAGUAUGGAACAUAUUAAGGUAGUUUUGCCAGCAGUUGCAUACUUUUGUAAUACAGGACCCUGGAGAAUGGCUUGGAUUAAAUAUGGUUAUAAUCCACAAAAAGAUAGCAGUUCAAGGGUGUAUCAAAUUUUGGAUUACCGAAUAAGAACAGCAGAGGGAACUAAAUUAAAAGUAAACGCCAAAAGAAAUUAUGCAAGUAAAGCAGCAUUUUAUUUUUCAAAUACUAAUCUUCAAAACGUAUCCUUAAAUGAUAAAUUUUCAUCAAAGAAAAAUUUUAUUGACGAAAGCAGUUACAUUUUAAGACCUACCACCAUUCCACCUGCAAGGCAAAUGUUUUAUCAUUACUGUGAUAUUUAUAUACCUGAAAUUCAAGAUAUGUUAGCAAGACUUCCUAGGCCUCAUUCAGAAUCAAAUUAUGACUCUAAAAAUGGUUGGUUACCCCAAAAUUUUACUGAACAAUGUAGAGAAAUUGUAAAUAGUUAUGUGCUAGGUCAGGUACAAAAACAAUUAUUAGAGGAGAAUAAAAGAAUGAAAGAACAUUCUGAUAAAAUUGAAGAUAAGAUGAAUAUUGCAAUCCCCACUUAUUGUAGUGAGAUGUUAAAUAAUAUAAAAAAGGGAAUUUAUAAGAGUGUAAAUAUUGAUGCCCCCCAGACUAACAUCAUUAGUAGUAAAGAUAAUAAGGCUGUGAAUACUAUAGAUCUACUAAAUGACGAUUUGGAACAAGUAAAUGCUGAUGAAAUAAUUGCGGAUACAAUCCCUGAGAGAUUAGAAGAAAAUUCCGAUGAAGACCACUUGAGCCAAGCUUCUGAUUAUGAAAUUGAUAUGGAAGCGGUUGAAGAAGUAAAUAAAAUGAUAAUAGGAAUUCAAGAGGAAACUAAAGAAGUUAAUAUUGUUACUUCAUAUUUAAAAAAACUUUAA